AUGACGCGUUGUCCAACAUCUGCGGCCUCUACACCUGCCGGCGAUCUGGUGCAUACAGCAAGUGGAGUGGCGCCAAUUAGACCCAGCCCCGCGGAGGUGGGGACUCUUCUCCAGGUGCGUAAGUCUCAAGUGACCGCCGCCCUUUUCUGGCUACGAAAGCACAAUCCCCUCUACAAGGACAUAGAAAUCAACCAGGAUGAAAUACAGGGCUGGCAAUACGCCGAGGACUCGACAGUUCCCGCCGUUCUCAUGGAGCGGAUGCGGAGAGAGGAACCCUCGGUCGUGGAAAAGACCUACACAGACCCCAUCGUCCCAAAUACCGAUCGAGGAUUAGAGGAGAAUGGUUUCACAGACAUUGAAGAGCUCCUCGCCUCGGUACGAGCAGAUCCAAGCGACGAUACCUCCCCGUCGGAUGACAAUGCAUCAGAGGAACAGUCUCACCCGUUGGCUGAGGAUUUCCGUGCGCCAGGUCUUGGCCCAAGGAGUCGUGGCCGCGGCGAUGAUGUCGUCUACGAGACUUCAACCUCCGGAAUGGUUCCUUUUUGGAGGGGCCGGCCGCUUUUUCUGAGGUCGAAAGGCUGUCCUUCCUAG